AUGGCCUGUCUGGAGUUGGAAGAUGCACUUCUACUUGCGUGGAGGCCGUCUCCUGUGGUGAAAUUAAGUGUUUUACAACUGUAUUGGAAGAUGCACUUCUACUUGCGUGGAGGCCGUCUCCUGUGCACUCCCUCUCCCAAGGUGCGUUGCAAGUCACGACAGGACGCCUCUUCUCUACACCGGCUCCAGGCCCUUCAGCUGCUACCCCCAGGGUUCAUGGGGACCGAAGAGGAGAUUAUAUGCUUUGUGGAACCCCUUAUUUUAAGUGUGCGCGGCAACAGAGCUGCAGCAGCAGCAGCAGCAGCAGCAGACAUUGCUAAGGGACUUAUCUUUGUCGUCUGCCAAGGCCCCACUAACAGCCAGCAGACCUCACCUAGACGCUGCAGCGGCCGCAAGCAUCUGCUGCUCCAGGACGAGGCAGCAGCAAUAGUAGCAGCAGCAGCAGCACUAGCAGCAGCAGCAGCACUGACUGCUGCAGUCGAAGCAGGUAAUUUGGAGGGAAUUCCGUUGAGAGACAAGGAGCGCCACAUGAGGGAGCAGCAGCUGCAGGAGCAGCAGCAGCAGCAGUUGGAGGGAAUUCCGUUGAGAGACAAGGAGCGCCACAUGAGGGAGCAGCAGCUGCAGGAGCAGCAGCAUCAGCAGCAGCAAGAGAGCAGUCCAGCAGCAGCAAGCAGCAGAAGAUGUGGCAGAGAGUUAAAGUUGCAGCUGCAGCAGCAGAAGCAACAGCAGCAGCAGCAGCAGCAGCAACAACAACAGCAACAGAAAAUGCAGGAGAAGCAGCACCAAACCCUGUCUGUGACACGUGAGCAGAACUCUGUCGCUCGUGGCAAGUAUAGAGGAGGGAAAGAGCAGCAGCAGCAACAGCAGCAGCAGCAGCAACAGCGGCAGCAGCAGCAACAGCAGCAGCAGCAGCAACAGCAUUUACGGCGGGAGCUCGGGUUGCAGCUGGAGCAGCAGCGGUCGCAGCCGAGGCAGCAGCAAGUGCAGCAGCAGCAGCAGCUGCAGCGCCACGAGCAGCGGCAGCAGCAGCACACUUUGGCGCACAGAGAGUUAAAGUUGCAGCUGCAGCAGCAGAAGCAACAGCAGCAGCAGCAGCAGCAACAACAACAGCAACAGAAAAUGCAGCAAAAGCAGCACCAAACCCUGUCUGAGACACGUGAGCAGAACUCUGUCGCUCGUGGAAAGUAUAGGGGAGGGAAAGAGCAGCAGCAGCAACAGCAGCAGCAGCAGCAACAGCAGUUACGGCGGGAGCUCGGGUUGCAGCUGGAGCAGCAGCGGUCGCAGCCGAGGCAGCAGCAUGUGCAGCAGCAGCAGCAGCUGCAGCGCCACGAGCAGCGGCAGCAGCAGCAUCAGGAGGCUGCCUCUCAGCCUCAUGCUGCGCUUUUUUUAGGUAUGCAGAGGCAAGGCUCCAAGGAAGGGCAGCAGCAGCAACAACAGCAGCAGCAGCAGCGACAGCAGCAACAGCAGCUGCAAAAACAGCAGCAGCAGAAGCCGAGAAAACAGCAGCAGCAGCAGCCCCAGGAACAGCAGCAGCAGCAGCAGCCACACCGACCGCAGCAGCAGCAUAAACAACAGCAGCAGCACGACGAGCAGCAGCUGUACGGAAAGCAGCAGCAGCAAGAACAGCAGCAAGAACGCCAUUCUAAUGACUCUGUGGGGAGCUGCAGCAGCGAAGCUUCUGCUGAGGCGCCCUGUCCAGCUGUAUCCACAAAGGCAGAGCUGCAGCGGCCGCCGCCACCGCAGCAGCAGCAGCAGCAGCAGCAGCGUGAACAGCAGCAGCAGCACGAGGAAGAGGGGCAGCAGCAGCAGCAGCAGCAGCAACAGGAUGAACAGCAGCAGCAAGAAGAGGAGCGGCGUCAGGAACAACAGCAGCACCAGAGGAGCAGCGGCCGCCGCCACCGCAGCAGCAGCAGCAGCAGCAGCAGCAGCGUGAACAGCAGCAGCAGCACGAGGAAGAGGGGCAGGAGCAGCAGCAGCAGCAGCAGCAGGAUGAACAGCAGCAGCAGCACGAAGAGGAGCGGCGUCAGGAACAACAGCAGCAUCAACAGUGGCAAGAAGAAGAUGAACGCAGCAGUAAAGAAAGCAGACACAGCGCAGCAGCAGCAGCAGCAGCUCACCAUGAGGCUGCUGCAGCAGUUCCUCAACAAACGAAGAAUCGAAGCAGCAGUCAAGCAGCAGCAGCCGGAAGAGCAGCAGCAACACUCGCAGCAGAACCGGCAGCACACAGCAGCACAGCGUGCAGCAGAUGCUGCAGCAGCUGCUGCUGCUGCUGAGCUGACAGCCUUCUGGCCACCGACAUACAGCAGCAAGAGCUGCAGCAAGCACAAGUCACACGCCUACAGUGCUGUCAACAGCAGCCGCAGCCACCGACGCAGCAGUAGCAGCAGCUGCAGCAGCAGCAGCAGAAACUGGAGCAGCAGCAGCAACAACAACGACAUAUCUGCGUUCUCCCGCUCGACACCGGCGAGGCACAGGCCUUCGGGUGUACAUACACUGCAGAACGGAGAGCUGCAUACGCCUCGACACCCGCAGCGCUCUCUCCGCGCAGCAGCAGUUGCUGCUGCUGCUGCUGUUGCUGCUGCUGCUGCUGCUACGCUAGGACACAAAGCCUCAGCAAAGAGGGGCGGGGCCUCGCUGUUGAAUGAGCCGCAGAGCAAGAAGCAUCGGCAGGCCACGCAGCAGCAGCAGCAGCAGCAGCAUUCACAGAAGCAGCGCCUGGUUUGCGUUAAGAAGGAGCCGCAGCAGCAGCAGCAGCACUCGCAGCAAAGGCAGCAGCUGGUGCAGCAGCAGCAGCACAAGCAAGCAGCUGCAGCAGCGAGCUCAAGCCCUUAUAGCAGCAAGACAAGCUCUAAGGAGAAAGAAGCAGGCCGCGCUAGCAGCCGAAGCAGAAUGCAGCAACAGCAGCUGCAACAGCUACAGCAGCAGCAGCGGCAGCAGCACCUGCGACAGCAGCGCCAUCAAUAUCAACAAAAUCGCCAAAGCGUGGGACGAAAGACUUGCGGUGAGUCGCAGCAUCAGCAGCAGCAGCAGCAACACCUAGAGCAGCAGCAGCAGCAGCAGCAGCAAUAUCUCCAGCAGCAGCAGCAACAGCAGCAGCAGCAGCAGUACACCACAUCAGCAGCAGCAGAAGCAGCAACGCCUCCAGGAGCAGCACUAGAAGCAGCAAUACGUACAACAGCAGCAGCAGCAGCAGCAACACCUACAGCCGCAGCAGGAGAGCGGAAGAUCCGUGUCGGGGCUGCGGUGCUGCAGUGGGAGACAAUGAGUUCUAUAGAGGAGGCAUUGGGGCCGACAGCUCGGCGGGGGAGAGAUUCACAAGGCCAGGGGAACGCAUCUGGGUCUUUGGUGCUCCCUAUCCAGUUGCUGUUUGGGUCGGACCCCCCAUCAAGUGCUUCUGCUGUUGUUAUUGUUUCUGGGCCAGGAGGCAAUCCGUUUGUUGACGCGUAUGCAGCAGCAGCAACAGCAGCAACAGCAGCAGCCGCAGCAAAGAACGAGGGGAUGUGA